CACUUUCCAUUUGCAUUGACUUUCUCCUUCUAUCUCUCCGAUCCCUCUGUCCCUUGCAUCGCAGCAUCGAGUCUCUUAUCCUCAGUCGAUAGAGAUCCAAGUGUCUGCUCCGUCUUUGUCUAGCUUGCUUCUCCUCUCAAAGACCCAGCCCAUCGCAUCUCAUCCCCGCACUGACAUGCGCUGAAAGACCCAAACCGGCCGACUCUAAACCUGUCCAGCAUACAUUCCCUUCUCCCUCCUCUCCUUGUCUCUGUCCGACUCAACUGUUCAAGAUGGUUGUCGUUGAUCAUCAUGAAUAUCUUUGUGAAGAGGAGAAACGUCUAAAAGAGGAUCGAGAGCGCAAGAAGUAUUGGAAGAAAUGGGGUCCUUAUGUCUCUGAAAGACAAUGGGCUACUGUCCGUGAAGAUUACUCGAGUGACGGAGACGCCUGGAGCCAUUUCUCCCAUGACCAGGCCCGUUCAAGAGCUUAUCGAUGGGGUGAAGAUGGUAUCGCUGGUGUCUCAGACACCCAUGGAGUGCAGAACAUUGCUUUUGCCUUUUGGAAUGAAAAGGAUGACUUCUUGAAAGAGAGACUCUUUGGUCUGAGCAAUCCUCAAGGCAAUCAUGGUGAGAGUCUCAAAGAGGCUCAUUUUCACCUCGAUAACACUCCCACUCAUUCAUACAUGAAAUACCUCUACAAACUCCCUCAAGGUCGCUUUCCUUACGAGCAAUUGAUCAAAGAAAAUGCGACAAGAGGAAAAGAGGAGCGUGAAUUCAACAUCAUUGAUUCUGACGCCUUCAAAGAUGAUCGCUAUUUUGACAUCUUCAUUGAAACUGCAAAGGAGACUGAUGAUCCAGAAGAACUGCUUUUUCGGGUCACUGCCUACAACCGGGGUCCAGAGCCUGCCCCGCUACAUAUCAUCCCUCACGUCUGGUUCAGAAAUACCUGGACCUGGGGACAUGAGCCUGAAAAGCUGAAACCUUCCAUCCGAAUGGUAGGCCCAAUGACGGCCCAAACAAAACAUCACAAAGUCGGCACUCGUUUCUUCCAAUUGUCUCCCUCGCCUGGCUGUGGCCCAGAGGCCGAUGACGUUCAUCCUCAAUUGAUGUUUACCGAAAAUGAUACCAACCACGAAAAGCUCUAUGGCUCCAAGAGCAAGCAGCCUUAUGUCAAGGAUGCCUUCCAUAGAUGGAUCGUUGACGAAGAAAAAGGAGCCAUCAACCCCCGUUGCACCGGUACCAAAGCUGCUGCAUGGUAUGACUUUGGCCAAGGAGAUGGCGUUCCACCAGGCGAAUGUGCCGUUGUCAGAUUUCGUCUUUCCAAAAAGUAUGAUGGCUACCUGAAUGAGGAAUUGCUCGAUGAUAUCAUGGAGCAAAGGCGCACAGAAGCCGACGAGUUUUACUACCGCAUCAGCCCUCUUCCCAUGUCAGAUGACAUCAGGAAUAUCCAGAGACAAGCUUUGUCCGGCAUGCUUUGGUGCAAACAGCACUACUAUUUCAUUUGGGAUCAGUGGGCGAAUGGUGAUCCCAAUAUGCCACCUCCUCCUCCUGAGCGGAAAAACGUUAGAAAUGCUCACUGGAAGCACAUGUAUCUCGAUGAUAUCUUGUCCAUGCCAGAUUCAUGGGAAUAUCCCUUUUUCGCAGCAUGGGAUUCAGCUUUCCACUGCAUUCCACUCGCCAUGGUCGAUCCUGAGUUUGCCAAAAAGCAACUCGACUUGUUCACCAGGGAGUGGUACAUGCAUCCCAACGGGCAAUUACCUGCUUACGAGUGGAAUUUUGGCGAUGUCAACCCCCCUGUACAUGCUUGGGCCGUCUUCCGAACCUUCAAGAUUGAACGGAAGAUGUAUGGCAGACAAGAUCUCGACUUUUUGGAGCGCGUAUUUCAAAAGUUAUUGCUCAACUUUACCUGGUGGGUCAAUCGAAAGGACUUUGAUGGGAAGAAUGUUUUCGAGGGUGGCUUCCUUGGUCUCGACAACAUCGGUCUCUUCAAUCGUUCCGAGCCUCUUCCCACUGGUGGUGUGCUCGAGCAAGCCGACAGUACAGGAUGGAUGGCAUUCUACUGUCUUUGCAUGCUCAACAUCUCCCUCGAACUUGCAAAGCAUCGACGGACCUAUGAAGAUAUUGCCUCAAAGUUCUUUGAGCAUUUCAUCCUCAUCUCUGAUGCCAUGUCAUUCCGGGCUGGAGGCGGUGAGAAAUCUUUGUGGAACGAUGAAGAUGGUUUCUACUACGAUGCUAUCUCAUGGGGCGGGCCAUGGUCACAGCAAAUGCCAGUUCGUUCUCUGGUUGGGUUGAUUCCCCUCUACGCCGUGCUCACGCUGGAGCCCGAGCUUAUCAACAAAUUCCCCAAUUUCAAACGUCGCAUGGACUGGUUUAUCGAGAAUCGUCACGACGUGGCUGAGCGUAAUAUUGCUUCCAUGCGCAAGAGAGGUAAAGACGAGCGACUCCUGCUAUCACUUGUCAGCAAGGAACGUCUUGAGAAGAUCUUGAAGCGUAUGCUUGACGAGACCGAAUUCCUCUCUGAACAUGGCAUUCGAUCCCUGUCAAAGUAUCACGAAGACCAUCCUUACAGCAUGGACGUCAAUGGACAACAAUUCAAGGUCAGCUACGUCCCCGGCGAUAGUGACUCUGGACUCUUUGGAGGAAAUUCCAAUUGGCGUGGCCCGAUCUGGAUUGCAGUCAACUUCCUACUCGUUGAAUCUCUACUUCGAUUUUAUAUGUUCUAUGGCACGAGUCUACAGAUUGAAUGCCCUACGGGUUCUGGUGACUACAUGCAUCUGGGACGUGUGGCCGAAGAGAUUCAGCAUCGCCUCCAACAUUUGAUGGUGAGGGACAACGAUGGCCGUCGCGCCAUCAAUGCGGGCAAUGAUACUCUUGACUUUGAUCCUCACUGGAAAGACUAUCUGUGGUUCUUUGAGUUCUUCGAUGGCGAUACUGGUCGUGGACUUGGUGCAAGCCAUCAGUGUGGCUGGACUGGCUUAAUGGCCAAGAUGAUCCACGAUACAGGUAUCAAUUGCAGACUACCUCAAACUCCACGAACCCCUGGCACUGCCGCAGCGCAUUACUUUGACGACAUUCUCAGCCGUGGACUUACCCGCAAAGGCUCGUAUGCACCAAGCACACCUGGUCCCGAGGGUAUGCGAACUCCAAAGAUGAGAAGAUCGUCCACCAGCAGAUCCAUUGGCCGCCGUCAAUCUUAUGUUUCUAGCGUCAACGGAGACCACAAGUCUGAUGCUGAUGGCAGUGAGGAUGCCGAUAGAGGAUAUUUCCCAGACAUCCCUACCUCGACCUUAUCCGAUUCGGACGCAUUCGGUCGCGAGGAUGCGUUGGAGAAGGAGAGGAGAAAAUCAGUGGCGGAUAGUCAUUACGAGAGGUACGUGACGGAACAACUCAGUCGCAUCAAGACGGACGAAAGCGUUGCUGUGUACGAAGACGAGUUUGAGGCGCAACUGGAUUAGCCAAAAUAAAUGUAUAGGCGAGCACGUACUCAUUUAAUAUACUUAAUCGUACGCAUCC